AUGGCGGAAUCGCCGAGAAAUUAUACUGGGCUCGGAGGAGAAGCAGCGAAAAUCGAAGAAGAAGACGAUGACUACAUGGGAGAUCUAUCUCAAUUUAUCCCACCUGAACUUACUCAGACCACAAAAACAAAGGAAUCUGAGAAGAAGAGUGUAAACGUUGAACCAUCUCGGAAGAAGUUAAAGACUUUGAAUUGGCACGAGAGGAGAAAGUUGGAGAAAGAGAGGAAACAAAUAGAAGAAGAUGAGCAGACAUUGGCUCGUAUAGUAGACACUCCGAUUGGUGAGUCUAACAUAGGGUUUAAGCUGUUGAAACAAAUGGGUUACAAGCCAGGCUCUGCUCUUGGUAAAGAAGGGUCAGGUAGGGCUGAGCCAGUGACUAUGGAUAUUCGAAGAUCGAGAGCUGGUGUGGGAAGAGAGGAUCCACAUAAGGAAAAGAAGAAAAAAGAGGAGAUUGAGGCAGAGAAUGAGAAGAGAAAAGUGGAGGAAAUGUUGGAGGAUUUCGGGUCUAGACAGAAGUCUCAAUGGCGUAAAAAAAGAGUUGUGAUUAACUUUAGGAAGGCCAAAGCGGCGCUUGAUCAACUUGAGAACGUAGAGGUUGUUCCUGAGAAAAAAAACGAGGUUGAUGAGGAUGGUAAGCCUGCUGAAGAAGAGGAAGAAGAGGAGGAGAUCACCGAAGAGGAUUUGCAAGAGAUAUUAAUGAAGCUGAGAGAUGAACAUCGGUAUUGCCCUUUUUGCGGUUUCCAGUAUGAAACAACUGAAGCUCUUCUAUCCAAUUGCCCUGGCGUAAAUGAGGAUGAUCACUAG